UUACCGCGAUAGAACGCCUCUUUCAAAAGGAAUGGCAUGCUUUCAGUUUCACUGAAUAUAGAUGAACUGUAUAAUUUAAUUAUAAUAUAUGCAGCCGUUCAAUUAUAUAGUUUAAAGUAAGUGUAUGGUCCUUCAGAGAUUUCUAGUUGAUUUGGUAUGCUCUGAUACCUUAAAAUUAAACUUGCUCAUCCGCGUUUUACAUUGAUUGUGAAGCCAUUUCUCUACAUUCUGAAUGUUCAGAACAGUACUUGAAUGGAUAAUAAUGAACUCUUGCUAGAAGUGCAAAUAAAACAUUAAAAGUAAAGUACAUCAGUUAAUAACACUUUCAAUGCCAGUUUGCAUAACUGUAGCUCAUUUUAAUGUUGGAUGGAGUCUUGGACCCUCAACUAUUGGGCUUCAAUUUGUGUCAUUGCCUCCAACUCGUGAUUUAGAAUGCUAUUCAUUAUGUAUUGUGUUUAGUAAGGAAGUUGGUCAAGUUUCUGUAUAUAAAAUCAACUUAAAUGAAGAUUUGUUAGGGAAAAAUCUGGCAACGUUAAGUACUACUUCAACAGUUAAAAACAUAUGUAACUUCUCUUUGGAGGAAAUAUUUGUGUUAGAUGCCCCUGUUGAAAAUGUACACAUUUCUGAUGACAAUGUAUUUGUUGUUACAAAAGGAGCUAUCUUCAAGUCAUCUUUAAAGUCAACAUCAAGAGAAAGAGCUUUGGAGGAGGAUGUUUUUAAGUCUUUGUUGAAUGAGAGCUCAGAAUCAAAUUGCAGACAUCAUCAACCUGUAAACCUUGACAGGUCUUCUCUGUGGCUUGAAAAGCAAAUCAUAUGCACUGAACUUGUCCAUGAGAAUAGAUUCUUAACAUGUGUGGAAGACAACCUUUUUUGGACUUUUCAGGUUUUUAGUUUGUUAAAAAAAAAUACAAAUGAUUUAGCUGAAAUAGCAAUACCAAAAGGAAGAAAAAAUGUUGCAGACAUUGUCUGUUUCACAGAUGAAUCAAGUAUUUUGGAGCUAUGCAAAGAUGUCUUCAAUGAACCAGGAAAACCAGUCUUUCUUAGUGUUUCUCCACCAUCACAUACCCUUGAUUCUAGUGUUGUCAGAGGAUCAAGUUUAGAAAUGCAGCAAGAUCUGUAUUCUUCCUUGUUUGGCCCUGAUUCUGCAUUACUUGGAAGUUCUGUCAUUCUAAUAGGAUUACCAGAUGGGCGUGUGAUAAGUUGGACCAUGACAGCUGGAGAAAGAGUGAGACAGAAAGAGACAAAUAUUAAUUUAGUUUGUGACUUAGAACAACCUGUUGUUGGAAUAUUUCUCACUUCGUUAGUAAAGAGUGAUGCACAAAAGCCUGGAGACUGUUUACUCAUGGUAGGAAAACAAGGCAAGAUAGUAUUGGUGCGUAUCUAUGGGUCUGGAUCACUAAACUUUUCCUUCAUUCACAUUCCAUCACCAGUUUGUUCCAAAGCUCUUCAAGUUAAAGAUAACAUUAUAUUACAUACUGCUGAUAAACAAGUGUGGAUAUCAGAAUUGAAAACCACUGACUGUGUUGAAGUGACAACCCGCAAAACUGGUAUUAGUGGAGUCCAUGUGCUAAAGCUGACAGAAUUGAAUGCUCAACCUGCAAUUGUUUGGUGUUUGUUGGAGCAUGGUUCUUUAGUUUUGAUGAAGUGGUCUGACUUGUUGGUUUCAAGAAAAAGCCAGUCAUCAGAAGUUGGCCUCUCUUUGGAAAAGUCACUACAUUCUAUUCAUGAAUGUUCUCAAAACAUGCAAGACAUACAACUUAAACUAGAGUGGCAAGAACAACUUCUCACACAGCUGGGUAUAGCAGCUUCUUUAUUUUUUUCUGGUAGCAAGAGUGAGACCUUCCCAUCCUGCACCUGUACAGUUGAGAUGUUGAGCAUCUAUUCUGAUGUAUAUGUGCUUCAAGUGCAGUUUGACAAAAUUGAAACUCUUGGUCUGAAGAAGGAUUGGUGGUAUUUUGUUGUUAAUGUCCGGGAAAAAUAUUCUUUGAAUGGCAAAUCACUUGUGAAAAGUAUACCCUGUAAAAAAGGCAAUGAAACUGUUCAACUAGCUUUAAGAAUUCAUCCAUCAGAGGUUUCAUCAUUUCACUUACCCUUGUUGGUAUCUUGUGGACUGCAGUUUGGAAACAAAGCAUUGAAAUCACAGUUUUCUGACAUUUUGUUAUUGAAUAAAUUCUUGCCUUUAUAUGUGAAAGUGUGUAUGCUCACAGUGGAUCAUCUACACUUAAUUCAGCCCCACAGCAAGCCUCACAAUAGCAGUUUUACUUGUCCACCAUUAGCUCUACAUACAGAACAACCAGCAGUGAACAGUGAGAAAUUUUCCCCUCAUCAGAUUCUUUGGGAUAUUGCUAAAACCAAACCAUCGUUUCACCUCCUCCACAAACAAAAGAUGGCUGGUCACCUUGAAGUAGACGAUCAUCAGACUAUAGUUCCAAUCUUUGUGUCCUCUGUGAAACAAAUUUUGAAAAAGAAAUUUGGAAACAUUGAAG